CAAAGAAAUGCCAGAAAAUACAAGAGAGGGCCUCUGGGAUAAGCCAACUUUAAACCAUUGGAUGAUCAGAAUCUUUUAGAUAUUAAUCUUAAAUGUCUUCAAGUUAAGAUCAUAAUACCUACUAUUGUUCAUACAUAAUUUUCUGCUAAUAGAUAGUGUAAUGCCAUAAUACAACAAUAAGUUUUGAUUCUCUGUUUAUCAGUAAGCUACUUCUGGUUGGCAGAGACAUAAAUGCAGUUUAAAAUGUGCAAAGCAUAGCUCUGCUAUUUAUACUGAACACUUGCCAAUAAGAGAGAAUGAACUUUCCUAAUAAGGAUGAAAGUAAAGUAGUCAAGACUGAGCUUCAGUCUAUUAUUAUUCACUAGAUUUUCAACUGCCCCCUCCUUACAAAUCCCAUUAAUUAAUAAUAGGAGAAAGAAGUGCAAAGAGAGAGAGGGGGGGAGAGAGGGAGAGAGAGAGAGAGAGAGAGAGAGAGAGAGAGGAUGAGCACUCCAAGCUUCAGUGAACACAGCAAGACCACAGGAAGAACACACCAGUUCAACAAAAGAAUAAAGCCUGAUGCUGAACUCAUCAAUAUCUCAGUUUGGGGCCAGAAUGAAGAAAUCUACGAAACUCCACAAACUCAUGGCUGUCUACUAUCAGCAGAAGGAAAUCCAGAUCAAUACGCUCAGGUUUCUUCAUGAAGGCCGACCCGUUAGGGGAUGGGAUACUGUUGCUAAGGCAGGAUUGGAAGACGGCGAUAGGCUCGAUGCCAUGUCGAGCAUGGAUGGUGGUGGUUCAAUUUUGAAGACAAGCAAAUGAUUUUCUAGCAGAAUGCUAGUGCUACAAGUGUUUUAGUUUGUUGUUAAAUCAUGGUUUCUUGAAGUUUCAGUAUUUGUGGGUCAAUUGGAGUUGGCCAAUAGUAACACUUAAAUGACUAUGAACUCUAUUUUGGGUAGUUUUGUGUCUGGGAGUAUCUUCUUCUGUUUUUACUAAUUUGUGUAUGUGAGAAGUUACUUAUGAACUCUAUUUUGGG